GAGCCUAUUGAAUCACAAAUGAAGAAAAAUAAGCAUAAAAAAGAUAAUUUGGAAAUUGAUCAUGAAUUGAAAAUCUAUCGACAAGUAAUUACUAGUGCAUCUCAACAAGUAACUGUCAUCAAAUUGUCAUCAGCUCUUACAAAAGAUACAGGUCUAACAUCAACUCUUAAUGUGCAAGACAUAGCAAUAUCAACUGAUUCAUACGAAGAAAUGUUCCAAAUUGGACAGUUUAGGACCUUUGAUACUUGA